AAAGUGUGAGGGAAGGGAAGGAGGUGGAGUGAGAGCAGAGAGGGGAGGUGGGGAGUUGGAAGUUGGAGGUGGAGUAAUUCUGCAGAAUAUGAGCUGCUGUCCACAGCUUUCUGGAUGUAAAUUGAUGAGGUCAUAGUGUUUUCCAGCUACAGAAAAGAAAAAAAAAAAAAGUUAAGGGAAAAAAGAAAAAGAAUUCAACUUGUUUUUCAAGAGAGACGAAAACACGGAGGAGCCGAAGAAAUGGAGCAACUUGUAAAACUCCUCCUGUGGCACAUUUUGCUUCAGCAAAGUUCUGUGUGUUCAUACUCAGUGCCAGCUGACGCCUCCAACCCAGCGAGCGUGGUGGUGUCCGUGCUGAACAUCAGCGCCGUGCUGGGCUCUCAGGCCGUGCUGCCCUGCAAGAGCCACCGCAUGGUGUGGACGCAGGACCGGCUCAACGACCGGCAGCGCGUCGUGCACUGGGACGUGCACAGCACCUACUACGGGGACAACAAGAUGGAGAGGCUCUGUGACAUGUACUCUGCUGGGGACCAGCGUGUCUACAGCUCCUACAACCGGGGCAGGAUCCUCAUGCCCGAGAAUGCCUUCGUAGAGGGCAACUUCUCCCUGGUGAUCAAAAGCGUUGCAGAGCAUGAUGCAGGCAUAUACUCCUGUAAUCUUCACCAUCACUACUGCCACUUGUAUGAAACUGUGAAAAUCCAGCUCACCAUCACCAAGAAAGCCGAGGACGCCGGCGAGUUCUGGGACGGGGAGAAGCCGGUGCUGGUGGCCCUGGAGGGCAGCACGGUGACGCUGCCCUGCGUGAACCGCAACCACAUCUGGACGGAGCGGCACAGCGAGGAGGAGCAGCAGGUGGUGCACUGGGACAGGCAGCCCCCCGGGGUGCCCCACGACCGCGCCGACCGCCUCAUCGACCUGUACGCCUCCGGGGAGCGCCGCUCCUACGGGCCCCUCUUCCUGCGCCGCAAGAUGAACGUCAGCGACGCCGCCUUCGCCCUGGGGGACUUCUCCCUGCGCAUCUCGGGGCUGGAGAGCGCCGACGAGGGCACCUACUCGUGCCACCUGCACCACCACUACUGCGGCCUGCACGAGCGCCGCAUCUACCGCGUCUCGGUGACCGAGCCCCCCAGGGAGAGGAAGGUGGUCAACCUCACCACCCACGACGUCGCCCCGGCCGUGGAGCCAAACGUGGUCAGGGGCCACAACGUGAUAAACGUCAUCAUCCCCGAGAGCCGGAUGCACUUCUUCCAGCAGCUGGGAUACAUCCUGGCAACGCUGCUGCUCUUCAUCGUCCUCCUCAUCAUUGUGGUGCUCGUCACCCGCAAGCGCCGGCAGAGAGGUUAUGAAUAUAAUGUGAAGAAAUAUGGAGAGAAGGAUGUGAACCUUAAGGAAUUUACAGUGGACACGACAGAUCUGACCCCCCACAAAAGUGAAGACAUCAGGCUGGAUUACAAAAACAACAUCCUGAAGGAGAAGGCUGAGCAAGCCAGAAGCUUCCCAGCAAAGAACAUCGAUUUAGACAAAGAUUUCAGGAAGGAAUAUUGUAAAUGAAGAUAUUCCCAAGGCUGCUGGCUGGACCAGAAGCUUCAACCAAAGAUAGAUAACGUGGAAGAGAGAUGACUUUUCCUAAUGCCAUCUCCCUCCAGUUCCCAUAGAUUGGUUUUUGUUUUUUUUUUUUCACAUAGACUUGAGGGUGUUUGCAAAUGCUUCUUGAAAGAGUUAGACUGUCUCGUGUGCAUUUAUGGGUCUGGGUUGCCUUUCCUCCUUGUCUCCCAAUCCUCCACUCCCCUUUCCUUUCUUGAUAUUAUUGUUGGGUUUUAUGCAUCAAUGAUUUUUAUGAGCUGAAUCAGCAGACCUUUUGCUUUGAUGUUAUUGCUUGAAAUAAACCAACCUGCAUCACU